CCAUCUGACGAGGUUUCUAAGGCAUGGAAGAGUCUUUACAGAACUACACUUACGGUACCGCGGUCUCAGGCAGCUCUCCUACCUAACAAGACAAUACCCGUCAACCACGAUGCCGACGCAAAAUACAUCAUAGGAUUGAACGCCAUGCACGAUCUCCACUGUCUAGACAAAAUCCGCCGCGGCCUUAACUACUUCUAUUACAAACAGUGGAAUUCAUCCGUGACGCCUUGCAACACGCCCAUCGACCAGCUCGACCACGACCACGCGCCCCACGGCCAGCUGCACCUCAGCCACUUCUCGCACUGCAUCGACAUGAUCCGGCAGUCGUUGAUGUGCCAUGCUGAUAUUACGCCGAUGGUAUGGCAGUGGUCGGAGGAAGAUAAACGGGUCAAGCUUCAUGUGGAGGUGGAGCACGAGUGCCGUAACUUCGACGCUAUCAGGGACUGGGCGGAUGAACAUUAUUACGCUGAGGGGUUGGAUAUUCAUUCUCAGCCGGACGAAGUUGGGGGCUGCAAAUUUGGUGAGAAGGUGUGCUCCCCAUAA